UGAAAGCAAUUAAUUUCGAUUCACCUGGUUAGAAUAAUACAACAGCAAUAUAUUUGUUUCAAAAUAAAAACAAAACCGUUUGAAUGUUCAUAACGAAUCCAUACGUAACGUAUCCACAACGUUCAUCGUUACAUCGUUACCAUUUUGGUCGUAGAGCGGCCAUUGGCGAGAAACAUGAACACAUGUUUCUCCGUGCAAUAGGCAAGGCCAUGCAGUAUUAUCGUAUCUGGAUAUAUUCCUGUAAUGCAGCAUUAUUCAUCGGAACAUUCAUUUAUGUAGUUGCCUUCAUUACGGUUAUAACCGAUUCACGUUUAAGCCUUUUUCCCAAUAUUCGCCUUUAUCAUCCAUCAUUUAUAUAUGCCUAUCUAGCCAUCAUUAUACAAGGCGGCCUAGUACAGGCGAUCGGAUGUCUUGGUGCACUUAAGCUCAAUGAAAGUUAUCUACAUUUAUAUCUAGUAACAAUGUCAAUAUUAGUAUUUGGUGAUGCGAUUGUUGGUGUAGCAUGGGCUUUACGAUAUAAAAAUAUAACCAUGAAUCUUAAAAGUGACCUCAAAAAUCAAAUUUUUAAUGAAUAUGAUACCAAUAUUGAAAUACGGAAUGUCUGGGAUGAUAUCCAAGUCAAUUGGAAUUGCUGUGGUGUUGAUGGUCCAACCGAUUAUAAUGUAUCGACAUGGGCCUUACGUUAUCUUCCAUUACCAGAAUCCCAGCAUCUAGUUUUACCAUUAAGUUGUUGUCAUCCUGAAGAGCCUACGUUUGGUCCACCACAUAAUGAAUGUAUUACGAAAAUGAAUGAACAUGUAUUUAGUAAUGGUUGUUAUGAGCAUAUUUAUCUAUGGUUACAGAAUUCAACUGAUUUAUUAUUAGUACUUGGUUUCUGUGUGAUUACAUUUGUUAAGUUGUGCUUCCUAUUUUUAUUACGCUCAGAAAUCAAAGAAAUGAUUGAAAAAAUUAAAGUGAUUAAAGGUGAAACUAGUAGUGAUAUUCCUAUGUUACCCUUUCAAGAUAUUGAAGCCUAUUUACCAAGGCCAUCAAUGCAACAACAACAGGAUCAAACGGCAAUAGGCACAACAACAAUGUUGCUCAAUCCAUCAUCAACAACAACAGCUGCUACAAAUCAACAUCCAAUGAUUUUUCGUGGUAAUUCAACACAGGAAAGAUGUCAUUGUCGUCUUAGUGCUGCAAGUGGCUAUAUAAAUCCAACAAAUGCAACAGCAGCUACAAAUCUAAUCAAUACAUUGACCGGUUCACGUACAAUAUUAAGCUAUUCUGCAGCCAAUCUGGCCGCAUGUCAAUCAUUUGCUAAAAAACAUAGUAUUGUAUGAUUGAUUAUCUGUUGUUGCCAUAAUAAAAAAAAAUAAUGAAUAAAUAUAGUAAAAAAACAACACAAAUAUACAUUUACGCAAACUUAUUAAACAACAAAUCAAACAAAACAAAAAAAACUAUGUUGAAAUAAAUGAAAAGACAUUCUUAUCUAACCAAGAACAGAAAAUUUAGCCAACCGGAAAUUCAAAUCAAUCAUCAACAAAACCAAAAAACGCAUUAAUUUUUGUGUUUAUUCAAGAUGUUUAUACGUGUGUAUGUGUGUGUUUGUGUUUAUAAGUGUGUUUGGAUUUCUUUUAGCCUAAAUUAAGUGAUAUAACAACCGCGUAAACAAUGAAUCAAA